CUUACAGCGGAUGGAAGCAUUAAGUUAAACGCUCUUCUUUAAGCAAAAUGUGUUCGCGAGUAAAACCUUUGAUAGUCAAAACUCUGCCGGAUGUACGAGUUUACUGACUCUUUUCUUUUCAGAAAAGUCCAACGGAUAUCGGGACCGGAUAAAUGUGUGAAAUGGCAGUUAGGAUCGUCCUUUGAAGUGUUUCUCUUUUGUGACUGGAUUCAUGAUCGUGUAAUUCAUAGUAAGGGGCGCUGUGUUGUUUGAAAAGCCUCAUGUUUUCACCGGGUCAAGAGGAGCACUGUGCGCCUACCAAAGAGCCUGUAAAGUACGGCGAAUUAGUGGUUCUGGGGUACAAUGGUUCACUCCCCAAUGGAGACAGAGGACGGAGGAAAAGCCGGUUUGCCCUUUAUAAGAGAACCAAAGCUAAUGGUGUCAAACCCAGCACUGUACACAUCCUCAACACACCACAAGCCAGCAAGGCAGUGAACUGUAAGGGCCAGCACAGCAUCUCCUACACACUGUCCAGAAACCAGACGGUGGUGGUGGAGUACAGCCAUGACAAAGACACGGACAUGUUUCAGAUUGGACGUUCAACAGAGGGCCCGAUUGACUUUGUGGUGACUGAUACUGUGUCAGGAGGCGGGGAUGGCGAGGACACUCCCAUCACACAAAGCACCAUCUCCCGCUUUGCUUGCCGGGUCGUGUGCGAACGUAACCCACCUUACACUGCUCGCAUUUACGCCGCAGGCUUCGAUUCUUCCAAGAAUAUAUUUCUGGGAGAGAAAGCAGCCAAAUGGAAGAAUCCAGAUGGUCACAUGGAUGGGCUGACAACCAAUGGUGUGCUAGUCAUGCAUCCGCGUGGUGGGUUCACAGAGGAGUCCAAGCCUGGUGUGUGGAGGGAGAUAUCUGUAUGUGGUGAUGUUUAUACACUGCGAGAGACGCGGUCCGCUCAAACUAGAGGCAAACUGGUGGAGAGUGAAAGUAAUGUACUGCAGGAUGGGUCUCUGGUUGACCUGUGUGGAGCGACACUUCUUUGGCGCACAGCUGACGGGCUUUUCCAUACCCCCACCCAGAAACAUCUGGAGGCCUUAAGGCAGGAACUGAACGCAGCCCGACCUCAGUGCCCUGUUGGUCUCAACACCCUGGCCUUUCCCAGCAUGCAACGCUGUAGCCGCGCCCCAACUAACGUCCCUUCUCAAGAGGACAAGCAGCCUUGGGUGUACCUGGCCUGCGGCCACGUUCACGGCUACCACGAUUGGGGCCAUCGUUCCGAACGAGACCAUAAUGCUCAGAGAGAGUGCCCCAUGUGCAGAGCUGUUGGCCCCUACGUGCCCCUCUGGCUCGGAUGCGAAGCAGCUUUUUACGUUGAUACCGGCGCACCAACGCAUGCAUUCGUACCUUGCGGCCACGUCUGCUCUGAAAAGUCAACGCGCUAUUGGGCAGAGAUUCCUUUACCGCACGGUACCCACGCUUUUCAUGCCGCCUGCCCCUUUUGUGCUACCCAGCUCAAUCUGACUCAGAAAUGGGCCAAGCUUAUUUUUCAGGGCCCUGUAGACUGAGAGUAUUUGGGACGUCGGUCUUGAGCGGACGGGUGCUGGAUUAUUGCGUCCAGUUUGCUGAAGAAAUGAUUGUGACUAAGAACAGAUUCAUACCGCAAGCUGUGAAGCAGCCCUUAAAAUGUUUAUGCUGGAGAGCAGGUUUUUGCGCAGAUGUCACGGCGUACAGUCAUCCAAGUUGCCUUGGGGAUGGAUCGGAGGUGUCAGUGAGUUGUUUUAUCCCUGACAUGUGGAUCUGAUGUCAGAUCCCACCAGCAUUACCACACCACUCAGGAGAUUUUCUGAAACCUUACUCAACAGGAUACUGCUUCAAUUGGCCUGUGGAGUUUCGUUGCAGCCCUGCUUUGCUACAUACCUGUGAUUUUCCAAAGAACUUAACUUGGUUCUAGUGUGUUUAGAGUUGGAGGUAGACAUUGUAGGAAGGUCAGUUAGGACUAAGCAGCCCUGGUUAUAACAGUCAAACACUUCAAUGCGUGAUGAAUUUUUGAUAGCUUAAUGAUUGGAGAUAUGAUUUGGGAACUAAAAUUCUGCAAUCGUUUUUCCAAAGAAUAAACCGGUGCUUUUAUUGGUUAUUUUUUAACACUGAAGAGGAACCACCAUUACACUCACAGAGGAUACGUUUAUGGUUGAUAACCCACAGUGGAAGCUUUAUUAAUUUUUCAAAUGGAUUGUGCAUUAUUGAAUUGGAUUAAUGAUUUGUCUUUUAAGCCUGGUCUCCAGUGAUCCCUAAAGUAUUUAAUACGCAAAUGAAUAAACCAUCAAGGGUUAACCGGUAACAAGAUUAACAAAAGAUGUUGCUAGAUACUUUAGGAAUGGGCUAUAAUUUGUAACUGGAAAAUUUGUGGGUGUUAUUUGCUACUUUAAAAGCUUGUCCCAAAUAUAUUUUGUUACUGUAUGUUCCUCAGACACAUUUUGGAAAUGUUUGUGUUUGGAAUCAGAGUUGACUUAUCUGCAAUCAGCUUCCUGAUCUUCCAGAUAUGGAAAAUUAUUUCGAUUUAAAACAAACGUAAUUUGGUGGCAGAGGCUUGAGAUUUACAGAAGGUCUUAAAUCCUCUAAGUCAUCCAAUACACUUUAAAAAUAAAUCCUGGUUAUACUUAAAUGUAUUAAGGUUAAUCACAAUUACAAUUAAUUUAAACUGUUUUGACUAGUGAGGAGUUGCUAUUAAGUAUAUAAAUAAAGUUGAAAUAAAUUAAAGGGGACAGAGAAUGAAAAAACAUUUUUACCUUGUCUUUGUUGAAUAAUUGUAGUCUACCCGCAUUCACAAACAUACAAAAAGUGCUAGACAUGCUAAACAUCUCAGUCUCAUAGAAAUUCCUCUUUUAGAAAUGUCAGCCAGAAAACGGCCCAAUCUGAAAAACUGAUGUUUAUGAUAUCACGGGCAUCUCCCUGCCCCUCCACUUUAAAAUAAUUGGCUACAUUUUUUGAGUGGCAGCAAAGUCAGCCAAUCAGUAAUGAGAUUGCAAGUUAAGCCAGUAGGGGGAGCCAAAUAGGUGCAAAACCCCCACCCUAAUAGAGCUAUCUGAGAGAGGUUUUUAGGAACUUCUAAGGCAUUACAGACCCAAACUAAAAAAAAUUUUGUCUACAUGUCACAUCACAGAACAAGGAUAAAUACUCCGUUCAAUCAUUCUAUGUCACCUUUAAGCUAAUUCAACUUUUUUUUAUAGUUUAUAGCAACUCUUCAUUAGUCAAAAAAGUUUAAAUUAAUUGUAAACUCAAGUUGAUUAAACUUGAAUAUUUAGGUGCAACAUGUAUUUUUUUUUACGGUGUAACCAUAAUAAAAGUCCCUUAAUAAGAUAGUUCACUUUAAAAUGAAAAUUCUGUCAUUUACUCAUCCUCAUGUUGUUCUAAACCCGCAUGAAUUUCUUUUUUCUGAUGAACACAAAAGAUAUUUUGAGAAAUGAUGGUUAACACGCAGCUGAUAGUGACCAUUGACUUCCAUAGUAGAACAAUAUGAGGAUGAGUAAAUGACAAAAUUUUCGUUUUAAAGUGAACUAUCCCUUUAAGUCAUCAUUGGACAAUUUAUUCUUACAGUUUUAUAAGCUUAUGAGAGAAAAAAACUUUUAUUCCACUAUUUUCUUAAAGUUUCUACAGAGGUUUUUCCUAUAACUAAUGACAUUUCUACAGUGUCAAAAAGAUUUUGAGCAUAUUGAAGACUUUUUAAAGAGCGUUUUGCUUUUUAUUCACUGAAAAGUAUUUUAGUACACACAAGCCCAUGUACAGUUUGUUUUAAACAGAUACUAAUAUAUUUAUUCAAUUCUGUACUUCUCUGUGUGGUGAGUUGUCUGUAUUGAAUGUAUCAACACCAACUACAACAUUUGGACGUCACUCUUUUAAUGAUGCAUUGCAUCUGAAUAUAUAGAGGAAUGGCACAUUUAAAAAAUAAAUCUGAAGGUCAGAACUUUGAAAUGCAUCUUUCAAAAUAUGACACUGUGUUCAGCAGCUUGUUUGGAGUGGCAUGAGAAUAAAUUACAGGUUGUUUUAAGGGUUAUACAAUUUCCAGUAAUCACAGUUAUCGAUUGCCACUUAACUUUUACCUUUGAUUUGCUCUGUAAAUUAAGAUCAUCACUUUGUACCACACUAUGUCCCUUCUGCUGUCUGAUUCAAUGUGAAGUGUUAAAGAAACACUGUAAUAUGUCACCUUGGGUUUAAUUUGUACAUGGAAGAUGUGUUGACUAAUAUUUUUGUCAAUUUUGCUGGUGUAUUACUUCAUUUGGCUACACAUGCAGUUUUUAAGGUGUAUGUCAUUAUUCUGAAAAAUCAUCACACAAUGUUUUACUAGAAUCAUACCAACAGUGAUAAACUUAGGAUAAGUGUAUUUCACUAGGUAUACUGUGUAUGAACAGUGUUGCUUGUGGCCCUUUUAUGUGGCGUUAACAUUUAAAUGAAUAUAUGAAGAGUUUUGUUGCAAGUUUUUGGUUGUGCAUUCCAAUUAAUAUCAAUUCAACUUCAGUUGGUUUGUUUUGAUUUAAACCUUCAUAACUUAAAAAAUACAGCUAAGUGGCACCAUAAACAAAAUAAUAACAUGAUAACAUAAUAAACUCAGUUUUUAACAUUUUUGUCAAAACAUGUUAUCUCGUUUUGCAACAAAACUCUUCAUAUAAAAAAAUGUGGUUAGAUUUUCCAUUAGUUUCCAAGGAGCACAAUACGUGUUUAAACAAUUGUAAAAAUCAGGACACUAAAGUGCUUUGCUGUUAUAAUUGCACUGAGCAGCUUCAAUAAAUUAAGACUAUAGUUUUUGAGAUCUUCGAAACAACUAAACUAAGGAGUUGCUAUCAUGAUAAAUUACACAGAAAUUCAGCUGAUUUUGCUUUAUUAAGGAUUUAAAGUGUUUCUUAUUAGUACCGUAUACAAAAACUGUUCCUUUAGCCAAUUUAGGCAUAGCUAGGCUAACAAAUACAAGUGCUAGGUAAAAGUCCAGCACAGUGGCUUUCCUCCUCAUUUAAGGUAUUAUUAUAUGAAUUAAAGGGAUAGUUCACC